CUUUUCUCUUUAAGCAGUUUUUAUCAUCUUAUCAGUGAGUGCGAGAUUUAUUAUCAUUAUCAGUGGUUUCAUGUAGAAGUUUUCAAUCCAAGUGUUUUUUUUUUUGCGUUAAUUCUCCAAGUCAACAGUAAGCUUUUGACAUGGUAUCCAACGAUGUUUACCUACCUAGCUUUGAAGAUCUAGAAGUUGAGGAGGUACCCUUGAGUACCCCUUACCUCAGGGCUGGUGCCCAGCAUUUGGGAAAAUACUGUGAGAACUUCAACAAUGAAUUUAUGCUAUGUCGAAAAGAAACUCAAGAUAUUCGUGAGUGUCUACCAUAUGGUAAAGCCGUCACCAGUUGCUCUCUUGAAUUUUUCCGUAAAGUGAAAGCUUCCUGUUUCCAUGAGUUCACCAAGCACGCAGAAUGUCUGGACCUUUCCAGUGGCGACCUCCAACAUGCUCCAUGUCGUCAAACUCAAGCCGUCAUGGAUUUGUGCCUUAAGAAGAAUCUAGGCCUUGACCGCCCUGAAUUUGGAUACCAUAGCAGGGUCAAAGUUCACCAUACUGACCGCCCCAGACCUGAACCUGUGGCUCCGCAAGUCUUCGAAGACACACCAAAAGAUCCACCAGUAAUAGAAGCUAAAGGCAGAGCCAAAUACGGCACACGAUUCUACUGGAUUGAGUAAAACUUGUCUCUGCAUCUGAAAUUUCUCUUACUACUGUUAGAUGUUUGCUUCCUUGGAAGUAUUUGUUAAGUUUGCAUAGAUUGUGAAUAGAAUAAAUUUAAGUAACAAGAUUUUACAAGCAUUGUAAGUACCCAAUAUUCGGUUCGCUAUGCUUCUUAAAAAUUAAAUAUUUCAUCAAAUCCUUUUA